CUGCUCAGUUAUCUCCGGCUCGAACCCAAACCGACUAGACCCGCACCCGCGACGAGACGAGAGGGCGCGUCGCCGGCGGUGGCCCAACCUAACCAUGUCGGCGCGCGACCGCGAGACGGUCGAGGCGCUCGUGCGCUUCGCCGCCUCACUGGACGGGGCGGUGCUCGGCCUCGGAACGGCGGCCGUCGCCGUCGCGUCGUGGGUCAAGUACCUCGCGGCCUCCAAGGAGCUGCGGCUCGUUGCCUCCGCGACGACGGCCGCCAUCGCUGACCUCCGCUCCGUCCUCCCAGGCGACGGCGGCGAUUCACAGAUGGUAGCUGUGCGGGGCUUCGUGCGCCCCGGCCCCCGGGGCAGGAUCCUCGUGCCUUCCGGCUCCAGGGAGCCCUGCGUCGUCACCAAGCACACCCAGAUGUGCUUGUUCACGGAAUGGAGAGGCAUCUUUGGAUGGACCUUUGAUCUGCAUGCUCUCCUUUUUAGAUCAUGGAAAGAGCAAAUCAUAACAUCUUUUAGAUAUGUUCCGUUCGUUCUUGCCAGUUCCGAGUCCGGAAACUCGACUUGGAUGGUACAUGUCAAUUUAGAUAAGGCGGAUCAACCAUUACCUCUUACAACUGUGUAUCAUAAACUUAUCCCGGUUGAGACAUCUCCUUACACAUUAUUUCAAACUAUCAUUGGCAAUGGCUAUCCAAUUGCAUUAUUGGAUGAAGAAAAAAUACUUCCUAUUGGUAAGGAAAUUACAGCUAUAGGACUAUGUCGAACAAAUGAUGAAAGUGUUGAGAUCAGCUCAUGCCCAGAGAUUCCCUUUUUCUUAUCUGAGCUGACCAAGGAUGAGAUGCAAGCUGAGCUGGCUUCGCGUGCUAGAACACUCUUUUGGGCUGGUAUUAUUUUUGGAACCUUGUCGGUUUGCUUACUGUGCCAUGCCAUUUACAGGGGCUGGAAGAGAAUCAAACUGCGGAGGGAGGCUAGGCAAGCACAACAGUUAUUUGAGGAGGCUGAAGACGCUAUUCAAGAAGAUGACUCUAGCGAUGAAGAUGAAAUAGGAGACGGGCAACUGUGUGUUGUGUGCUUAAGGAAGAGAAGGAGGGCAGCUUUUAUUCCUUGUGGGCAUCUUGUCUGCUGUUGCAAGUGCGCAUUAAGAAUGGAACGUGAGGCUGAACCAUUGUGCCCUAUGUGUCGGCAAGACAUCAGAUACAUGAUUAGGAUUUAUGACUCUUGAGGUUCUUGCUGAUAUGAUCCCUGACGCUGGCAGGUCCACUUCCUAGAUGUCCCUGCAGACCUGAGGAGCACAAUUCUUCAUCCUCCUGGGUGUGCACCCCCUUUUCCUAGUCCAGACUCUAGACUAGUAGCUAACUAUGGUACCUUGGAUUUGUGAAUAUGAUGUGUUAACCCUCCCAAAUUAUGCUCUUGGUCGACUGUAGCGUAGCUGAACUCAUGGACUAGCGCUCUGACAUUGCACAUAUGCCUGCUCAUUCUGUAAACAUGGUCUUUUGGGGGUAAGCUGCAGUCUUAAAGAUUAAGAUAUUUUGUGC